CCGCUCGGCAUUUCGGCGCCCGACGUCGUUCGGUGAACCAGGAUAUUGUUGUUGUUUGCAGCUGGGCGGGGGGGGGGGAGUGAGUCGCCAGGGGAGAGGAUUUACCGAAUCUAAAUGUCCUCCAGGGAUAAGGAAGAGCAAGAGGAUGAGCUGCUGGCUCUCACCAGCAUUUAUGGCGAGAAUGAAUUUCUACGUGCAGAAUCUUCUCAGGGUGGAGAAAUAAUCACCUGUUUGGAAUUAACAGAAAACUUCAAAAUACUUUCUUGUGGUAAGCUGAACAGUGAUGAGAAGCAGAAUAAGAAGGAUCAGAUUGAAUAUGUUGUUUCAUUUCUGCCCCCUAUCCUGUUGAAUUUUGAAUUUCCACCAGAUUAUCCAUCGUGUUCACCUCCUAAAUAUACCUUGAGUUGCAAGUGGCUUUCCCGAGUUCAGCUCUCUGCACUUUGUACUUCCCUGGAUAAAAUUUGGAACAACAAUGGCAAUUGUGUUGUGCUAUUUUCAUGGGUGCAAUUCUUAAAAGAAGAAACUCUUUCCUUUUUACAAAUUGAGUCACCUUUACGAAUACAAAGAAACAUUAAAGUAACAUCUGAUUGCAUUUUCUCAACUGAUAAGAAAAAAGAGCUUGGAUUGCUGGACAAGGCAGAGUCUCCCCUUGAUCCUAGGGCUAUUCAGGAUGUGGCAUCAUGGGCUAGUGUUUUAUGUGAAAUUUUGGAUUUUGAUCAGAAGCAGCAACAGCAAGUUUUCAAUAACAAGGUGUUCGCCUGCAGUGUAUGUUUUUCUGAAAAACUUGGCACUGACUGCAUGUACUUUAAGGAGUGUCAACAUGUGUAUUGUAAAGCCUGUUUGAAAGAAUACUUUGAGAUUCAGAUCCAUGAUGGGAACGUGCAGUGCCUUAACUGUCCGGAACCAAAAUGUACUUCAAUUGCUACACCAGCCCAAGUCAAAGACCUUGUUGAUGAGGAGAUGUUUGCACGGUAUGAUCACCUUCUCCUUAAGUCUUCAUUAGACCUCAUGGCAGAUGUGGUGUAUUGUCCUCGUAGCGUUUGUAGGUCAGUCGUAUUGCUUGAACCUGGGAAUACCAUGGGUCUCUGUCCAGGAUGUCGUUAUGCCUUUUGUGCACUAUGUGAAAUGGCUUACCAUGGAAUUUCUCCUUGUAAGUUAAAAGCAGAGAAACUUACUGAGUUACGGAAUGAGUAUUUGGAAUCAGAUGAAUCUGGGAAGAAGCUACUAGAAAAGACUUAUGGCCGUCGAGUGAUUGAAAAAGCAAUGGAGGAGUUGAGUAGCCAGGAAUGGCUUGAUAAAAACUCUAAGCCCUGUCCCUGCUGUGGUACAAACAUACAGAAGAUGAAUGGAUGCAAUAAAAUGACUUGCAGUGGCUGUAAACAUUACUUCUGUUGGCUUUGCCAAUGCCCAUUAUCAAGAGUAAAUCCAUAUGGACAUUUCCGUGAUUCCUCCUCACCAUGUUUCAAUGCGCUUUUCCAAGGUAUUGAGCUGGAAGAUGAAUUCCUGAGUGAUGAAGAUGAUGACAUUUUUUAGUUUUCUGCAGUUGGCAAGGAUUCAGCAUUUACACAAAGCUGAUAUGUUAAGCAUUUGUAACUGGCAAGAAACUUUUCAUCUAUCUUAACCAGUUGUGGUCAAAAAAAUCCCUCAUAUUAACAUUUGCUCUUAGAAUACAGUGAAACUUCUGGGUCACAGUUUAAAUUAUUAAUAGAUUUAUUUUCAACUUUCAAACAUGUAUUUAUCAAACAGAAAUCCAAAGGAAAAAGGCACAUAAAUUUGAGGCAAAAAUCAUGUUUCACCUAACAUUGAACAGCAUUAUGUGGAAAAUUGUUGAUGGAGUUGAUAACCAUUGUCAGUGGGAUGAUUUGCUGUUGAAAAAUAGCAAGUUCACUAUUCAAAUUGAAAUAGAAAAGAGCUGGGGUUUCCACUGCACCAACAGCACCUGCCACUUCCUCAAAACAAAAUCUAAGAAAAACAUAAAUCUUUCCUCAAUACCCAGAGCUUUUGCAGACUUGCUCUUGUGGCUUUAGGUUUUAUGACUGGGACAUUGACGCAAAAGCACUAUCUUGAAGAGAAGUUUAAUCAUGAGGCUUCGUGAGCUAACCUUGGCUAAGAAAUUGGGUUUUGAAAUGGAGUUCAAAUUACCGAAUAAAUUUUGUGGUGGCCUUUCAUUUAUAUGUACACAGUUUUGAUUUUGGAGCAGCAGAGAAUUUUAAUCUAGUCCUGAUGUUUUUAUGUCUCACUUAUUGCAGGUUAUUAUGAUGGUUUGCAGGGAGUUGAGAGGGAAAAAAACAGCGAAUAAAAGUUAUACCUUGAAAUAAAAUGCCUGAUAGUUAUAAUAAAAAUAAACAUUGUCUUUGG